CCUGCGUCAUACUAAAAUAAAGUGACUUGGACUCGGAGUUGAAGAUCUCACGCCAGUGCUUGUCUCUAUGUGCAGUCUGUCGCAAAGUGACAAUAGAAAGAUGUACACACUUAACGAACUAUAGACCCUCGAUAAACCAUCGCAUCUACAUAUAACUGUCACAUACCCUUUCCGGACACCAUGCAACCCUUCCUGAGGCGGUUGGGUUCGCGUCCGCCUCUCAUCAAGGCGACAUUCCGAACCCAGUCUCGCCUCCAGUCUACGCUCUUGAACCCCCAAUUCCACCCCCCUCGACACCAACGGGAUUUCCCAAGGUCACCAUCACCAUAUACCUCCUUCAGACGGUGCGAAUCCUCCCUCGCUAUUCCCGAGGAUAAAAAGCCACAACAAGAGGUGGCCAAAGACGUGCCGUCGUACCAGCUAAGCUUCACCUGCAAGCCUUGCCUCUUCCGCUCCACUCACAAGGUGACCAAGCAUGGCUAUCAUCACGGCACCGUCUUGAUCACCUGUCCCUCAUGCAAAGCGCGACACGUUAUUGCCGACCACCUCAAGGUUUUCCUCGACACUAAAUCGACACUGGAGGAUAUUCUGCGAGAAAGGGCCGAGAAGGGCCAGGAUUUUACAAAACUGUUGAAAAAGGGAAAACUGGGCAUCCGGCCAGGCGCACUCGUCGGAAACGAGGGCGAAGAGGACAUUGAGUUCUGGGAAGACGGCACAGAGACCCUCCAUACUCCUGUUUCUGGGGCGAAGCCCAAUCCACAGCAGCAGCAGCAGCAGCAGCAGCAGCCAGAAUCCGAAAAGAGCUGAAGAAGACCAAAAGAUGGCGACUGAAUAACCUGUUCUGUUCCACUCUGGCUUUGGGACAGUGAAAGGCUGCGCAAACUGUUGCAAGAACAGCAGCCAGGAGCCGCGUUCUAGCUGAGCCAGUGUCGCGCCUCCCAGAGCCAGGCUGACUCCCUUGCAUAGAGGCGCGGCUACGUCUGCAUGACUCUGGUGGUCUGCUGGAGACCGUAGAGACUUCAUCGGGAGCGUCAAGCCUGCACUAAGGUAUCUGACGCCCAAGUCCUUUCGUCAUGAUACUUUGGCAUUGCCCUUGGUGAGCUGCUCUGGGUUUCCCCCGUGACCAGGGAGUCGUUCCAACGUUUAUCAUUUGUAUGAAAUUUGUUGUCCUCGAGUCUGUCAUCUUCUCAGACAACUCUGUCUCAGCCACACGGAAAUGGGCCCGUUGGACGACAGGAGAGAGAUCUACUUGUGGUGGGAACCAGACGUUGUAUAUUAUGUAUUUAUACCCAAAAGGCAUGAAACUUGAAAUCUAAUGUAACACGAUUUCUCUCCAG